AAGAACCACAAUCGGACGAAAUUUGUUCUCAUCCUCACCCUCUUUUUCUCUAUCUCUCUUCUCUGCAAAAGAAGGUCUGCUCAGUGAGUACUUUAAUUUAAGGGAAAGUAAAUUUCUGAAAUUCUUGUUCAGAGCUUCUGUUAUAGAAUUGAAGAUAGAGAGAUUUCAUUAGUUUGUGUACGAUCGAGGAGGGUCAGCGAGCUCAAAUACUAAUAAUUGAGUUCGAAAUUCAAUAUUUAUAGCUAAUUAGCAUAUAUAGAAUCUACGCUAUUGUUAUUGAAUAAAGCCUACGUCUACAUAUGGUAAAUAAGUGAGAGGAAUUGAUGGGAAGGUAUAUGAGGAAGUGCAAGGGAAUUGGAGAGGUGACAAUUAUGGACGUGUCAGAUGAUGUAGAUUUGGACGUGCCGACUAUGACGACGAAAAAGAGGAAGUUAUCAAGUGAUGGAGAUGUGAAGCUCAUAUCUCCUGCUCUACUUCGCUGCAGAAGUCAGUCCGGAGUCGGAGAUGCGCAGGCCGGAAGUUUGGUUUCUCCGGCGAGUUCGGUUAAUUUAAAUGAUGCUUCUAACUUAGAUCAGGAUUUAGCGUCUUGUUGCUCAAGGAAUGGAUCAACGGAGGUAACAAAGAGCAAUGCAAAAUCCCUAGAUCUGAAUGAGAACAAUGUGGUAGCGUCUGCAGAAAGUAAGGAGGAGAAAUUAUCAAGCGAGCGUCAACGAACGCCGGAGAAAAUGCCGUCUGAAAAAGAGAUUGAAGAUUUUUUUGCAGUUCGCAAGAAAACUAUAUUUAAACGAUUUAGAGAAAAGUACAACUUCGACUUUGAGAAGGAGGAGCCAUUGGAAGGUCGCUACGAAUGGGUUCGAAUAGCAAGUUGAAGACUGACCACAACAGUAUCAGUUGCUGCUGCUUCUUUAUUUAUUUUUGCUGGUACUACACCAAUACCUUGUUUAGGUGUUCGUGCUUUUCUUUCUAAAUAAUAAUUAUUCUUUUGUCUUUUUUAAUUGAGGACUAGGAUUUUGGAGAUGAACAAUUAAUAGUGGAUUAACAAUGUAGGCAGCUCGCAUCCAACUUUCUUCGUCUUCAAUUCAUAUAUUAUUAAGUA